UCCGCCAUGUUUUGAGAUUUUGCGGAGAGGUGUGUUGGUUGGGUUACGGAGAGGGUAGCAACAUUUUACAUACGCUUUUCUUCUGGAAAAUGCACACCUCUCAACUAAUUUUAUCUAUUUAUAUACAUUUUAUCGUCCAUAAGACUGUUAGGUCGCAGUAACGUUACAUCAAAUGACAACGGUCCCACAGCUCACUUGUGGUUAGCUAUCGUUUGAAGAAGAUUAGAAGGGGCUUGCUCCCUACAAAUUCUUUCGUCUCCUGCUUUCGGAAUGUUUUCCAAAAAGCCUCAUGGGGACGUCAAAAAAUCUACACAGAAAGUGUUGGAUCCAAAAAAAGAUGUCCUGACACGUCUGAAACACUUGCGGAUUGUUAGUGAAAAUGCUGAGUCGGGGGAUCUGAAGCACUUCUUUGACCAGUACUACUCUCACAUCUACUAUGUGUUCUUUGAGAACUUUGUCACCAUUGAAGUCAGUCUCAAACAAAAAGGUCACAAAUCGCAAAGGGAAGAACUUGACUCCAUUCUAUUCAUAUUUGAGAAGAUUCUGCAACUCCUACCAGAGCGAAUACACGGACGAUGGCAGUUCCACAGCAUAGGCCUCAUCCUAAAGAAGCUGUUGCACACUGGGAACUCUUUAAAGAUCCGAAGGGAGGGUGUGCGUCUGUUCCUGUUAUGGAUGCAGGCCCUGCAGGGUAAUGCACUGAGAGAGCAGCUAUGGAUAUUUGCCUGUCUGAUCCCAGGCUUCCCAUCCCCUCAGUCAGAGCUGGGACCCCGUACCCUGGACAACCUGGUGAACCCUCCUCUCAGCCUUCAGGAGACUCAAGUGACUCCAGAAGAGAUCAGUCCCCUGGUUCCUCCACAGUCAGGGGAUAAGGGCCAGGAAGACCUCACAGGAUACUUUCUGGAGGCUCUUCUGAAAUACAUGGUAAACCAGGCCAAAAGUCUGGAGUGGAAGUGCAAAGAUAACCAUGAGAAGGGCUUCGCAUUCCUGUUUGGAAACUUCAAGAAAUAUUACCUGCCGCACAUAUUCCCCAACUUUUCAAAGGAGACCAGUUUGUACCAUCCCAUACUGGAGGUUCCAUCAAUGAGACCAAAGCCUUACUACAGUGUGGUGAAGAAAGACCCAGAGACCAACGAGGCAGUGUACUGUACCAAGGAGAGCCUCCUCAACGCCCGGGUCAUCUUCAUCCGCUGGCUGGUGUCCUUCUGGCUGGAGCCACGCUCCAACACUGGAACACACAUCCCCGGGGUGGACGGAGAGAGGGAGAGCGUGCCAAAGAACAUCCAGAGGGCAGCAGCUGGACUGGCAGGGCGGGGACAUGGGCUGGGGGAUGACUUGGGCCCCAGGGCAGACAGCCUGGAUGGAGGGAUAGGUUGUGAGAAGGAGCAGUCCCACUCCAACACCUCCACCCUGACAGAGAGGGAGCCCAGCUCCUCCAGCCUGUGUAGUAUGGACGAGGAGCACCUCACUGACAUGGAGGUUGUGAGAAGAGUCCUCUGUUCCUCCAGGACCAAUGUCAACUUCAUCACUGAGAUUUUCCGACAGGCCUUCCUGUUGCCAAUGUGUGAGGCUGCAGCCAUGAGGAAGGUGGUGCGUGUGUACCAGGAGUGGUUUGCCCAGGAGGACAAACCUUUGUUUAUGAAGGAGCCGGAGGAGGAGAGGAUAUUUUCCACCGCCGGAGAGGUUAACCUGGAGCCUGUACCCCAGCAGGGCCCAGAGAAGGAAGAGAGGGUGAAUAAAGUGUCUGAGAAAGAACUGCUGGAGUACAGUGUGCAUGCAGGUGUUCAGCCAACUCUUCAGGUGUUUGUCACCAACUCGGCCAAUGUGUUUCUGCUGGAACCAGCCAACGAGCUGAAGAUGCUGCUAGAGGAACAUGUAGACAUGUGCAAGAGAGUCCUUAACAUCUACCGCAGCCUGGUCAUGCAUGAAACCAUGGACCAGAAGACAUGGGAGCAGAUCCUGCUGGUCCUGCUGAGGGUAACCGAAUGUGUGAUGAAGAGACCUCCCUCAAUCAUGCCCCACGGCAAGAAGAACAUGACCCUCUCAGGGAGACUGGCCGGGGCAGUCUUUCAGACCCUGAUAGUGGCGUGGAUCAAGGGGAACCUGAACGUGUACAUCUCCAGGGAGCUGUGGGACGACCUGCUGGCCGUGCUGUCCUCGCUCACCUGCUGGGAGGAGCUGGUCACAGAGUGGUCCCUCACCAUGGAGACACUCACCAAGGUUCUGGCCCGCAACCUGUACAGUCUGGACCUCAACGAGCUGCCGCUGGACAAGCUGAGCGAACAGAAACAGAAGAAACACAAAGGGAAAGGGGGAGCUCACGAGGGCCAGAAAAUGGCUGUGGACCGUUCGUUCUCUAAGGGCUGGAGCAGGGACCAGCCUGGGAGUGGGAGCGGCCAGGCAGCAGCCAUGAGGCAGCGCAGUGCCACCACCGCUGGCUCUCCGGGCAUGGAGAAGGCCAGGAACACCAUACGCCAGAAGACUGGGGCCCUGCGUAGCUGCUCUACGGGCGACAGCCUCCUGUCCCAAGCCUUUAUCCGCAGUGCUAAAAGUGCCCCUGUCCUCGUCCAUCACCACCACACUCUCCUGCCUGACUCUGUCCUCACUCCCCUAGCUGACAAGCUGGCAGACAUGGACGAUCCCCCGAUGGCCUCUCGGACCCCCAGGAUCCGCCACUGCUCCCAGAGCGAGGAUACCCCGGCCUCAGAGUUGUUUUCGGCGUCUUGCGACCUGGACCCCCAGGGGUCCACGCUCCCCCGUAGCAGCAGCGCCUCCGACAUCAUGGAGCCCUUCAUCGCCGAGAGGGUCAAAGGUGCACUUCCUGUCCCUGACAGUCCCCCCUCUCACCCCACCACUGCUGUCUCUGUCCCCCACCACCACGCCCUGCACCCCCCCAAACCCCCCACUACCCUAGGUAGCAGCGUGGCCUCUCUGGAGGUGGGGGAUAGCAUCUAUGACCACCUGUGGCAGAUGAUAGGCCCCCGCCCCCUUGCCCCUGACUGGACAUGUGGUGGAACCUCCUUCUCCUCCACCCUCACCCAGUCCUCUGAGAGAGAGGAGGAGGGGGAGACUGAGGGGGAGGAGGACCUGCUUAGCUCUCUCAGGGAGUAUCUGAUGCAAAGAAGCCUGGAGGAGGGAGGUGGAGGGGGGGAGAGGAGGGCCCCUAGUGAGGAAGGUAGCACUGUGGAAGGUAGCACUGUGGCUGUGACGGUACAGUCAGGGUCACAGCAGGUCAGGAAACAGGUCCAGGUAAGGCAGCAGAGUAGCUUGGACUCAGCAGAGGAGGACAGUGCAGAGGCAGAGCAGCAGCCUCCUGAAAGGAGCAUUUAUGAGUGUCUGGAGCAGAGUGAUGACUGGGAGCUGGCCAGCAGGGGGUGCUCUAGUCUAGACCAGCAGGUAACUCCUCAGGGCACAGAGAAUAGGGGAGAGCCCCACUUGGUCAGGCAGGAUGCCACAGAGUGUGAGUAUAAUAACGAGACAGGAGGUUCAGGCCUACAAGCCCCUCAGCCCCGGCAGCAGUCCCAUUCUCUCCACCAUUCCCUCAAGCCCAGGUUGGUCCGGGGCAAGCUCAAAAAGCACCACGGGGGAGGGGUACACGUCAGUUUCCGGCCCUCCACAGAGUCUGUCCAGUUCCACAACCCUCUAGACUCCAAGGAGGCCCACUGGAGGACCAGGCUGCGCCGCCUCAGCCACUUCAGCAGUCACUCUGUAGGAGUGGGGGGGUCUGGAGGGGCAGGAGUGGGUGGGUCAAAGGGUAAAGAGAGGUCAGGAGGGGAGGGGGUGAGCGGAAACGGGGAGCAGCCUGAUGGGGAGGCCAGUGGAGUGGGGGGUCAUGCGACAGGGCAAGGGCGUGUCCGUCUUGGGCGCUCUGCCCUUCGGCCCCGUGGGACCCGGUCCAGAUCCCAGGAUGCGGAAUCGGGGAUCAGUCCCUCUCGGCAGCAGCAGGGGGCUCUGUUGGGCGGUGUGUAUAAAUCUGUGGUCCAUGCUCUCUCCAAGCCCAAGGCCCACGCCUCCGGCUCAGCAUCUCCCCAGCGGCACAGCAAAGCCCCCGGCGGGGCCACAGAGGCGCCCCUGAGGGACCUGUACACUCAUGUAUUGGGCUAUUUUGGAAGAAAAGCACCAGCCAACAAAGAGGAAACUUGUCAGAAGAUGCGGCCUGUGUCCAGUGACGCAGGCAACAGCAGCCAAAACUUUGGCGACCUGAUGGACGAGUUUAUCCAAGAGCGUCUGCGAGCGGGAGGCACCUCUGGUAUGACCAGGCGUGGCAGCAGCCCCGGUAGUCUGGAGAUCCCUAAGGACCUGCCAGAACUCCUGAACCGUCAGAACUCCACACGACCUGUGGACGACCCCGGCGUGCCCUCCGAGUGGACCUCCCCCGCCAGUGGCAGCAGCAGCGACUUAAUCAGCUCCGACAGCCAAUCGGACUCAUUUAACGCCUUCCAGUAUGCCAACUGCAAGUUUGAAAAUUUCAGCUUUGGUCCAGAUGGCGUUGGUGCGGGGUCGUUGGACCAGGAUAACACUAGCCUGGGAGGAGUACCCCAGACUGCAGAGGAACAGGAGCUGUCCAGCCUCACCACCCUGCACAUUGACUCAGAGACCAGUAGUCUGAGCCAGCUUGGCCUGUCUGCAGAUACCGUCACCAUCACAGGUUCAGAGAGUGCGUCCCCGAUGCAUUCCCUGGGGGGUUCCCGCUCUCAGACCCCGUCCCCAGCCACGCUGACCGCUGAACAUGUAGCUCUGCAGCACAAGGACCUGCAACUGGAUGAGAAACUACAUCACUCUGUAGUACAGACUCCAGAUGACCUGGAAACCAGUGAGUUCCCUACAGAGGACUCCAGUGUGAUGGCUGGUGGCUCGCUGACCGGUUGGCACGCUGACGUUGCCACGGUGAUGUGGCGGAGAAUGCUAGGCAUUCUGGGAGAUGUGAACACCAUUAAGGACCCAGAGAUCCACGCGCAGGUCUUUGACUACCUCUGUGAGCUGUGGCAGAACCUGGCCAAGAUCAGAGAUAAUCUGGGGAUCUCUCUGGACAACCAGACGUCUCCUCCUCCCCCGGUCCUCAUCCCUCCCCUUCGGAUCCUCACCCCCUGGCUCUUCAAAGCGACCAUGUUGACUGAGAGGUACAAACAGGGAAAGCUGCACGCCUACAAGCUCAUCUGUAAGAUCAUGAAGAGGAGGCAGGACGUAUCGCCCAACUCUGACUUCCUCACACACUUCUACAACAUCAUGCACUGUGGCCUCAUGCAUGUCGACCAGGACAUAGUGAAUACCAUCAUUAAGCACUGUUCUCCUCGGUUCUUCUGCGUCGGCCUUCCCGGGGCUACCAUGCUCAUCCUGGACUUUAUCAUCGCAGCCAGCAGAGUCACAGCCUGCUCUUCGCUCAACGCCCCGCGGGUGGAGGCUCAGAUCCUGCUGGGUUCUCUGGUGUGUUUCCCUAACCUGUAUGAGGAGCUGCCCGCCCUGCACCCCACCACCGCUGACGUGGUCAUGACCAAGUUCAGAGACGUCAAGGAACACAUCAUCAAACACAUCCUGAGUUCAGCAAGAGAUGAGCCUUCAGCCCCAGCCAGGUGUGUGGCCCUGUGCAGUCUGGGUAUCUGGCUGUGUGAGGAGUUGGUCCACGGCACCCAACACACUCAGAUCAAAGAAGCCCUCAACGUCAUCUGUGUCACUCUGAAGUUUCCAAAUAAAACUGUUGCGUUGGUGGCCUCCGACAUUCUGCACUUGCUCAUAAACUAUGUCGAUGACCUUCAGAAAUUCCCCCCAGACACUCCAAAGAAAAUAGUUGAGAUCCUCAUAGCGACCGUAACUCACUUGCUCCCCACCACAGAAUCUUCCCCUCAUGAACUGGACAAGAGGUUGGUGGUGUCUCUGCUGUUGUGCCUCCUGGAUUGGGUGAUGGCCCUGCCUCCUAAGGCUCUGCUGCAGCCUGUCCAAACACUCAGCCCUGACAAGGACAAGCCAGACAAGUCUGUCCUCAGCUGUAUCUAUAAGGUGCUGCAUGGCUGUGUGUAUGGGGCCCAGAACUUCAACAGCCCCAGGUAUUUCCCCAUGAACCUGUCAGACCUGACCAGUCCUGACUACGACCCCUUCCUGCUGCUGGAGAGUCUGAAGGAACCAGAGCCCCUCCACUCCCCUGACUCAGAACGCUCCUCCAAACUACAACCGGUCACCGAGGUGCGGAGCCGUAUCCAGCAUGGUCUGAUCUCCAUCGCAGCCAGGACAGUCAUCACCCACCUCGUCAACCACCUUGGCCACUACCCCAUGUCUGGAGGCCCUGCCACCUUGACCAGCCAUGUCUGUGAGAACAUGGACAACCCCUACAGCGAGAGCCCUGACCUGGCCCCAGAGCUCUUUGACGGGCCCAACCUACAGUUCUUUGUCCUGAACGGUACCACCCUCCUGUCCUGUCUCCAGAUCCGGGCUGAGGACGGUGUGCCCGGAGGUGGGAUGUCUGCAGGCCUCACCACGACCAGCGCCUGUGUGAGGGUUAUUGUUAGGGAUAUCUCCGGCAAACACUCGUGGGACUCGGCUGUACUGUAUGGCCCGCCUCACUGUGGUGCUCCUAACCAGCCCCUGCACCUCUACAGUAAAAGACCUACAGAGAGAACGAAUACAGAUGGGGAGAAGAACCGAGCAGGGGAGCUUGGAGAGAGGGAAGAGGGGGCUGCACUGGAGGAGGAGGAGGAGGAGGAGGAAGAAGAAGAGGUGGUUGUGGUGCUGGGAGAGGAGGAGCUGGGAGAGGAGGAGCAGGGGGAGGCUGUGGAGGAGGAAGAAGAGGGGGAGGAGGAAGGUGCCUUGGAGCUGAUGGCCCCGCAGGCCAAGCGUGUGUGUCGGGAGGUGGUUCCGUCCUGGGACUCCCUACUAGAAGAUGACGUUCUAGAUGAGAUGCUGCAGUACCUGGGCUACUCCAGCCCUGAGUGUCUGCAGCGUGCCGGUGCCCCCCUCAACAUCCCCGCCCCGCCCCCUGUCUGCGUCUCGGAGAAGCAGGAGAACGACGUGAUCAAUGCCAUCCUGAAGCAGUGUGCUGAGGAGAGGGACUUUGCGGUGCACAGGGGGAAUGGGCUGAACAUGAGGGCUGUGGAGCAGGGGGAGCCGGAGCCCCACAGGCCCCAGUCCGCCUUUUACUACUGCAGACUGCUACUCAACAUCCUGGGCAUGAACUCCUGGGAGAAGAGGAGCAACUUCCAUCUCCUGAAGAAGAACGAGAAACUGCUUAGAGAGCUGAAGAACCUCGACUCCAGGCAGUGUCGAGAGACUCACAAGAUAGCCGUGUUUUACGUGGCGGAGGGGCAAGAGGACAAGCACUCUAUCCUGUCUAACACCAGUGGUAGUCAGGCCUACGAGGACUUUGUCUCUGGGCUGGGCUGGGAGGUGAAUCUGACCAGUCACUGUGGCUUCAUGGGAGGUCUUCAGAGGAACAAGAGCACGGGUCUGACCACGCCUUACUUCGCCACCUCUACCGUCGAGGUCAUGUUCCACGUCUCCACACGCAUGCCUCCCGACUCUGACGACUCACUCACCAAAAAGCUACGCCAUCUUGGGAAUGACGAGGUGCACAUCGUGUGGUCGGAGCACUCCCGAGACUACAGGAGAGGCAUCAUCCCCACGGAGUUUGGAGACGUCCUCAUCAUCAUCUACCCCAUGAAGAACCACAUGUACAGCAUCCAUAUCCUCAAGAAGCCAGAGGUCCCAUUUUUCGGGCCGCUGUUUGAUGGAGCCAUAGUGGAUGAGAAGAUCCUUCCCACCAUGGUCCGGGCUACAGCCCUCAAUGCCAGCAGGGCUCUAAAAUCCCUCAUCCCCCUCUACCAGAACUUCUACGAGGAGAGAGCCCGUUACCUGGAGACCAUCGUCCAGCACCACCUGGAGCCAACCACCUUCGAGGACUACGCAGCUAGGGUCUUCUGCCCCGCCCCCUUCCACCACCACCUCUCAGACCCCGAUCAUAAUCUAUCACUUGUGUAUAUCUAAAGGUAAGACUCCUGGAAACCCCCGCUCCCUUCUGAUUCACGUGUAACAAUGUUAUGAGCACCCAUACCUAUCUGUCUCUCUCUCCACUGACCAAAUCUGCUGAUUUCAAUCGUUCCCCGUUUCUUGUUUCUUCUCCAUCAUGUUGUCAGAUGAGUGUCUUAACUUUAACGUUGAACCUCAGACCGUGCAUGCUUCCACCAUAACAGGCCUUUUCUCGUGUUGUCCUCUGUUCCUCAUCACUCCCACUCUGAAUCCUGUGUUUGAUUCUAACCACCAUCUUCCUCUGUGUGUUCCUGAGCAUGAAUUUACUGGAGCUCUGCUUCUUUACCUCUUUACAUGUGUUCAGUAAAUGUUAGGCAGUCAAGUCUGUUUUAUGAGCCCAGUCAGAGCACAGUACAGUUGCUCUCUUUACUCAUGGACUGACAGACGCACACACGUUAUGUAGCCAUUGAAGAUGGCUGGCCCUGAAGAUCAAUAUUUAAACAGCAUAAACGUUGGUAAGUAAGUGUAAUCAUUGCAUUAAUGCGCCAGUCAAACGUGUGUGUGUGUGUGUGAUGAUGUUUAGGUGGUGCUUCUGCUGUCUUUGUUCUCUGUGCACCUUCUAUUGAUUCCCCCUCUGCUCACACCUCUUAUCUUUUCUCUCUCCUCUGGUCUUUGUCUUCUUCUUUUUGCGUUUUUCCAAUCCUUUCCUUGCUUGCUCUACCCCGCUGUACCGCUCCUUCCCUGCCUACUCCUUCAAACUGCUUCAUUACUUCCUCUUCCCUUUUCCUCUCCUUACCCAUUUUCCAAUUCACCUCUACUGACCUCCGUUGUCCUGUUGUCUCCUCUUCUACUUUCUUCUCCCCCCCUCUCUCUCCCCUGUGGCUUUGUGGCUUCUCUUCAUCUUCCCCACCAAAGAGAGCUUGAUAUUUCUGCUCCUUCCCAAAACUCCACUAGAAAACAUUGGGCUCGGCAAGGUAAAGGGCAAAGGCUUGAAACGGAAGGUCUUUCAUGCUAGCUGUGAAUGGUACGCUGAAACAUGAACACGGCAAAGUACCUUUUUUCUUGUUCCUUCUUACCCUGUUUCCUUCAUCUUUAGUGUCCUGUGCAUUGUUCUCUGACGGUCUAGGUGUCAUAUCCCUGUGUUUUAAUAUUACCACCAUAGUUGUUUGGAUUCAUUUCAUGCACAUUGAUGCUUUGAUUCAUCACGGUUAAAAAAGAGCAAACUCUAUUCUCUGUAUAAUACAGUCACUAAAACACAAGUCAAAACAAUGAGUUUCAAAGAGAUGUAACACCUCUACCACUAUAGUAGAAAUUGAAGUGCAUGUACUGACUUUCCCCUGGCUUUCCUUAGACUAAGGCUAAUAUGAGCUGGGGACUAACCUCAGAAAGGCAGGGUGUAGACUGGAGGAGUAAGAUCCAGUAGUAUUGGGGGGGGGGGGGGCCUUCAGCAUUGCUGUUUUAUUACUGAAUGUAGUGGGUUGGCUGGGCAGGUACGGGGGACUCUAAUACCUGUGCUCUCCUUCCCUCCCUCUGUUUCUUCCCCUAUCCUUCAUCCCUCCCUCUCUCUCCUUCCACAGGCUCAUGCCUCGAGAGUCAGGAGGGAGAAAGUCCAGCAGCAGUGCAGCUAGACGGGGCCGACCAGUUAGCCUCGCCAAUGUCCCCUCGUACUAGCAAGAGCCGCAUGUCCAUGAAGCUCCGACGCUCCUCCGGCUCGGCCAAUAAGACCUGAUCGGACUUUCCCUCCGCUGAUCGUCCUCCAUGCAACGCCCUGCAUGAGGUCACAGCCUUCAGACAAACUGACUGACUCUCUGUACUGUAUAGCUAGGACUGCACUGCAACUACCAGCCUUUACCUGCUAACAGCGCUGCAUCGCAUGUUAUGUACCCCCACUAUAUGGACAUGGACACGCCUGCCCUGCAGGGUCAGAAUCAGCAUCGACCCUACUGCACCACCCUUCCAAGAUGCAGGAUAAGGCCUUCAACAGAGCCAGACCCUCAGGGUCCAGCCCAGGGGCCCCCAGGACUCAGCUUGUGGUAGCAGGGCCUCCAACAGAAUAAACAAGUCCCCUGGGCAAGGUUAGCUAACUAUGCUCACUACCACCUCAAACUUUACACAAAAUAUAAUAUACUUAGAUAUAUAAAAGAAGCAGCAGUUUGGUUUCGGUUUGGUUUUUAUCAGAAAGCAUAAAGGCAACAUGAGAGAUGUGUGUUCAUUGUAAGUAGCAUUGUUGAUGGUUGAAAUCACUUGAUAUUAGACUGAGAUGAUGAACUAUAGUGUGGUCUUUCUCUGCUGUUGUAGCUGAGCAGAGUGGUUAAUAUCCUGUCCUCCCUGCUCUCUGGGCACCUGACUCUGCACCCACUAGGAAAGGGAUUGUAAGAGUUUGUAAGAAAGAACAAAGAAACACAAAGUAAGAAAAGCUAAUUUGUCAUAUUUGGUCACUGUGUCCACCGUGAGACAAAUGUAUAUAUAUAUUUGUACUAUAUUCUGUAUAUACAGGAGUUGUCACUUUCUUUAUGCUUGGACUGAAGCAAUGUCAGCCAGUGUUCAAAGAUGAGAUGAACGUUUUGAAGUUGGAAAAGUUUGUUUCUAGAAUUCUGAGAUGGAAAUUGUUUGGUUAAAGUGAAGCACUUACAUUUUGGUUUUGGUUUUCACGCUAAACGUGCGACUGAGUUUGACUUUCUGAGUUCACACUACUGUUGUUCUUUUGAGGGUCACAUGUAUUUUUUUUAAUCGAGAUUGUAAAAUUGUUUUUCACCUGAUAAAGAAUGUUACUGAUUUAGUUUUGUUCAUAUACAAUGUGUUGUAUUGAACCAACCCUUUUUUCACUUAUGAUGACUAUAUUAUAUAUAUGAGAAUACAUAUUUAAGGUGUAUAGUGUUGAGGACCAUACCUGGUCUGUGUACAGAUUUGAAUAUAGCUGCCAAAACAAAAACUAGACGUCUAUUAACUUUAAGAUAUGUAGACCAACGGUUGGCUGUGUGAUCAGAUCUUCUGCUUGUGUUUCAUAUAAGAGGUCUUCUGCCUCGGACGUCAUCACAAAGCUUGCCUGCUGAAGUUGGCCAAUACAACACUGUACUGUAGCUUUGUCCACAGCUAGAAAAAGCUCAUUGCUGUUAAGGUUUGUGUGUCUGUCUGUGCAACAACACAAAUGAAAGAGGACCAUCUCCUAUGAUAUAGAGACAUUCCCUCCUGUAAAGUAUUGGUAUUAACACAGUAUGUACUGUAUAGGAGCUUAAACAACCAUAUACCGUUUCUUCACUGUCCAGCUCGCCAAUAAUCACCUCAAUUAAAUCUAGACAGUCAGGAAGUAUCCAAACAAUUAGCAAGACGGUUGUCUAUUUUUUUGCAAAUUUGGACUUAGAGGGAAUAUAAAACAUUUUCAGUGUGGCCCUCUGGACCUCGUUGAAGACCGAAUGCCGUCCCUGGGGCAAAAUGAGUUUGACACCAUUGUUAUUUAUUUGGGUUCUUCUGAAACUCCAGCUAGGGUCUCUGCAGGUGGGCUUCAGAGCAAGCUAAUGUGCUAUUUGUCGUGAAGACUUCUCUACUGUCCCCUUCAUGUAUUGUAGCAGGUCUUCAUCGUGGUCUUCCACCCUGGCCUGCUUCUCCAACAACACCUGUACCUGGGUCGUUCUUGAGUUCCAAUGGCGUUUUGGGAUCAUUUUUUAUAUUUUUUAUUUACAUGUAUUUGGGUACAUCUUCCUGUCUAAAUCAGCUAAUAUGGCAGCUUAAUGACUUUAAAUCAUGUUUACCAUUAUGAUAGCAGUGUGCCACCCGUAGGAGUAGUAACACUGAGACAUUUUAGGUUGAGGAUUUUCUUGUAAAGUCAUUAGAAAUAUAAAUAAUUUACUAAAGUGAUAUGAUUACUAAUUUUGCUCAAAAUGUCAUUUCCCUUCAUUUAAAUUGAGUAACACCUGUUGGAUUUAAACACCAAAUGAUCAAUGAAAUCCUCAAAUGUAUGACGUACUUAAAGGGUGUGAUUAGCUAAACAUUUUCUUUAAUACAGACCCCUCCCUGAUAAGUUUGCCACUGGAGGGAAUGCUCAAGGUCGUUGUAUAUCUUUGCAAUGAGUGAUUUUCAAGGCGGUAACACCAAUGACAUAAAACUGAUGGACAGUUUCUUUUUAAAUAGCCUGUUUUUAUUGAUCUGUACCCAGGAUGGGCAAAUGCCGUCCUCGGGGGCCUGAUUGGUGUCACACUUUUUCCCCCACCCCUAACUCCAUUAAUCAAAGAAUCAUGAUCUUCAGUUUAGAAUGCAAUUAGUUUAAUCAGAUGUUAGAUAUAGGGAUGGGGGAAAAGUGUGACAGCACUCCAGCCCCCGAGGACUGGAGUUGCCUUCACUAUCUAGUAUUCAAAAUAAUCGAUCACUAAAUCCCCAAAACAUGUCAAUACAACUCUACAUCACUACUGGAAAAAGCCCAUUUGCUUAUCCUUAGUACUUUAAACAAUGCAUAAACAUAACGUUUUGCAGUAUAAAGGACUUACAUUAUGUUUUAGUAUUGAUAAACUGUUCCCUAUAAACAAAAACAUGUAUGAUGUGUAACUUUUUGUCAUUUUAAAGUGUGUUUCGUGGUUGCGAAGGCAAGGGAGGCAAAUCCCACUGCAAUUCAAGAACGACCCACCCCUUUGUCACUCCAGUUGCCAACUGUGUCCAACUUUACGACACACUAACAGAGCAAACACUGCAUUUUUAUCUUUGAAUUCUGCUAUUAUUUUUUGUUAUACUUCAUCGUUAUUUGCUUUCAGCUAUAGGUUCUCUGCUAGAGAGGAAAGGGAUUGUAAAUACCUUUUUGGUUGUAAUAUCUUUUAAAAACUGCUGCCAUGUCUAAGGUCAAAUCCAUGUUAUUUUUGUGUUACGUUUGAAUAUAUGAGCUUGAAGUCCGUUCCGAUAGUUAUUAUUAUUAUAAGAUGACCAAGGAUGAGAACUAAAAACUUGCCAGAGAGAGUGAGGAAAUCAUGCUGCAUCCUUACUUAAAGCUGAGGAGAUUGGAUAAGAUUGGUUUGCUCUCUCCCUACACUCAGACGGGACUGAAACGUGUACAUACUGUAAAGUUUUAAAAAAAUGACUUGCUCAUUUAUGGAGUUAUACUGUAUGUUACUACUGACCAAAUACUGCAUGAUGCCAGUAAGCCUACUAACUGCAUGUGUUGGUAUAACAUCUACACACACACGCGCGCACACACAAUCACACAAAAUGAAAUGGUAUUGGCAUACUUGUAUCUAUACGUUUGUAAUGGCUGUCCAGAAAGAGAGUGGGUGUGCAAUGGAAUUUGACAAUAAAAAGUAUUCUUACCA